AUGAUAGUUCGAGUUGGUGCCCGGCUCAAUUUUACUGAUGAUAACAGUGCUAAUUCCAGGGCAGAUGCUAUUCAGAGGAAUUAUGGUGGAUCAUGUGUGCAGAUGAGGCUGUCGUUCAGCUCUCUGGCUCCAUUGUUCUUGUACUUCAUCCAAUGGUUGGACUACGGCUGCUGUUAUGCCCUUCCCAGCUAUUUAGGACUAUUUCACAUUCUCACAUGCAAGGUUUAUGCUGAUGGAGAUAGCUCAGUGUCGACAUAUGAAAGGCGGGCAAGCCUUAGGGAAUUCUAUGCAAUUAUCUAUCCGAUUCUGCAACAGCUUGAGAGUAGUUUGAUCGAGAGGGACCUGAAAGGGAAGGGCCGAUGCAAGGAUAUAGUGAGUAGGAGGAGGAUGGAGGAUUGGAAACAGGUUUCUAGUAGGGAUGUGGAAAGGGAGGAUGAAUGCAGGAUCUGCAUGGAGGCAUGCACCAAGAUGGUCCUGCCUAAUUGCAGUCAUGCAAUGUGCAUAAAGUGCUAUAGGUACUGGUAA